AUGCCCAAUGCCUCGCUCAUGAGCAAGAUACUUAUUUGCGGCUCCGUCUGGGUCAUUCCUACCAUCACAGCGAGUACAGCCGCAGGAUUGAACGAGUUGAGCCCCGUCAGCGGAAACUGGUGCUGGAUAUCGGGCACGCGAACUGACCUGCGCUAUGCCCUGGGCCAUGGCUGGAGGUUCAGCAUCAUCUUCGGAACCAUUGGAAUCUACAUCUACAUCUGGAUCUACAUGCGUCGGCACUUUUCGCAACUGCACUCCAUGAGCCAAGGAGGGUCAUACAAUCAAGCCAGCGCUGCCAAGCGCCGCGAAUUCCGCCGAGACGACGCCCACGAGCUGAGGAGCGAAUCGCAGACGGAGCUGCAUGAGAUCAACGUGGAGUACGCCUACGAAGUAAAACACUCCGAUGGCAUGAGCGACACCAACCUAGGAAAGGAAGACAUCAUCUUCACAGCCAGCGACCUAGAGACAAACAGCCGCAAAAGCGCCACCACACUGUCCCCUCCCAUGUCACCCAAGAGCCCUUACUUCCAAUCCGCAUCAGCCUUCCCCUCAGAAAUGACUGCGCCCUCAGAUAAGAAGCGCAGCAUCGGCAUGAUCAGCAACCAUCCCGCGCCAAUGUCCGGGGCUUACGAGUCGGGCGCACCCCACGAAUCGGGAAGUAAUCAGCAGGGCGCCACCAGCACAAAGAAGGUUGAGCGAGAAAUCAAGAGGAUGUUGCUCCUCAACGCAUACCCUAUUCUGUACAUCAUCCUCUGGUUACCUGGUAUUCUCAACCGCUUGGUGGAAGCUGCUGGCCAUCCCAGCUAUGCGUUGAGUAUUUUGCAAUGCUCAACGCAAUAUAUUGGGUUCGCGAACGCAAUUACCUAUGGCUUCAACGAGCAUCUCAAGACGACGCUGAGACGCGACUUCGUCAAGUGGUGGCGGGCGCGGCGGAGUUGA